AUGGGGGAAUACCAAGAUAGAAGUCGUGAUGGCUGUCAAAAUGAAGGUAUUGGUGUGGGUUUGACCAGGGAAGAGCCCUCCAAAAUGCCUCGGUCGGGAUUGGAACAACAACAGCAGCAGCAGUGGCACAGGCACUGGCAGCAAAGUAAUAGGAAUACGAUGAAGAGCGGUAUACUCCGUGCGACUGUAAUUGUUUGCUCCAAACAAGUCUUGUUUGCAACGGAGCCCCAAGCUAUUGCAGAGUUACUUAGACUCAUGCGUUCUAUCUACCUUAGAGAUGCAACUUCACGGUGA